AAAUUGCAACAAACCCUCAGCUCAGCCCCGCAGGCUCUUAGGCCGUACUUCAAAAUGGGCUUUUCCUAUUUAUAUCUUAACGAAAAUAAGGCCCAUUACUUAUCUACUCUAGAAUCGGCAAAGUUAAAAAGUCCGAUUGUUAUCCGCCGUCGGAAGGUUAAAAACUCGAAACCACACUGAAGAAAACCGAUUUGCUCUGUGUUCGAAGAAAAAUGGAGAUUCAGACGGCUGAGGUAGCAAACAAUCCAGAAACCGAGGAUACAAUCGAGUCAACCAAACAAAAUCAACCCGAGGAGGAAGUAGAGCAUUGCUACGAGCAGAAGCAAGCGCUAGAAGAAGAAGAAGAGGAAGACGAAUUGAGAAGUAUGCUGCUUUCAGAUAUAGGAGAGCUUCCUCUUUCUCCACCUUCAGCUACACAAGUCAACUUUGUUUCUUACUUCAUCACAGAUUUCACGAAACCGGGUCAUGAUCAGUAUAUCUACCGUCACGCUAAUGGUUUGUGUGUGAUUGGAUUAGCUCCUACGCAUGUAGCUUUCAAGGACGAAGGUGGGAUCACUAACAUUGAUUUCAAUGUUGGCAAGUCUGAUCGUAGCGUCUUGAAAGUCUCCGGCAAGCGUAAAAAGAAUGCUAUGCGCUCUGAAUCGAAUACAGCAUUGUGCAAAGUUUCCACUGCUAAAGAUUCUUAUAUUGUCAGGUGUUGCGUUAAAGGUUCUCUCUUGGAGGUGAAUGAGAGAUUAAUCAACCAACCUCAGCUUCUCAAUUCAUCGGGAAGGAUAUAUUGCGAUAAUCAUGCCAAGACCUGCAGAUUGGACCAAAAACAAGGAGUCACUGAUAACCUUGGAGGAAUAUAAAGAAAAGAAAGAGUUGUCUCUAUGAUAAAGUUUGCUGAAACCACGGUUGAUCUCUUUGGAAUCCGUGUGUGCUAUGAAGCUGAUGCGUUUGGUUUGCUAAAAAAACUUGGAGGUUUAUCUUCAGUAUUCAUAAAUCUGUUGUGUUGUGUUUUAACUUUUUAUCUGACAACAAUUUUGAAAGCAAAGAUCAUUUUGGUCUUCUAUAUACUAUGAUGUUCUUCAUGAAA